UAUAGUAUCCUGUAGCUAUAACCAAGUUCUACCCAAUCCAUGCAAAGGCCUUUAAAGCAGACUUUGCCAAAUAUGCGGCUGGAAUUAGGAUUGGUACCUGUAGAAAAGAGAUUGCCAGCGUAUAUUGUCAAAUCAUGCGUGGUGCCAUUUGUUCCAGAGAUAUGACCAAGCGCAUGUACGCCAUUAGCCAACAAGAUUGUAUUGCAACAGCAGGAAAAUGGUAGGUUGAUGAUUUAUUCAAUCAACAAAGUUUUGGCAUAUAUAUGUAGCUCAGACGGUAGAACAUCGUUCUAGGUUGGUAAUAUUGGACCUUACCAAGAUUUUGCGAGAAAUGCAACUAUAGGCCCUCAGGCAGGAAUGGAACCUACGGUACACCUUACAUUGGCAUCACCUUAGUAUAUAGACAUAAACUUGUUCAACAACUGGACCCUGUCGCUCAGUUGGUUAGAGCGCUGGACCGGAAUCGCAGGUCCACAGGUUCGACUCCUUCCAGAGGGCCUAUAGUUGCAUUUUUCGCAACUGCUCCUGGUAAGGUCUAAAAUUCACAAUCGAAAUUUCCAUCUGCAAAUCCCUGGGUUACUUAUUGAGCGAACUUAAGCAAAGCUUAAUCUAAUACGGGGACGUGUCAAGAAACCGCCUUAAAUUUUACACUUUUAUAAUUAUAAAGAACCACCGUUAUUAAUUAAGAACUUCAACAAAGCAGAACGAAAGUGCAACGAGAACGGCCAACAACAUCAUAUUAAUGCAAGAAAACGAGCGGAAAUUAAUAAUUGAAAUUUCACGGACGUUAUAGACGUCGCCGUAGCUCUGUUUUACAACGGCAAAAUACAGAUUAUCACGUCUUGUAUACAACACUUACAUUUCAAGCUGGGACAACUGCUAUUUUAAAUUGGGUCCUAGAACUUUUCUCAUUCAUAAACCCAGUGUUAAUUUUGAUCCUUAAACUGUAUUAUUUUCAUACGAUGGAUAAUAGACGAUAACUUUUCUUCCGCAAUCAUUUGGUUCAGCGAGUUUGUUCGCCGUCGCGUUCCCGUCCUAGAUGCUUAAGCUCGCUAUAAUCAAAGCCGACACACACCGGACGCGAUUCGACAACGCGACGCGAUUUUUCGAUUUUCGUUGACCGAUAACUAAUUUGAUCCUGGUUUAAGUUUUUCAAAUAUUUGGAAGCGCUAUAACAUAUUUUGAGUUAUUUGGUCUACAUAUCUUUAAAGUUUCCUUUCAUUGGCUGUUUUAUUAACUUUCAAAAACUGAAAAAUCGCACAGCGUUGCCAAAUCGCGUCCGGUGUGUCUCGACCUUUAGGCAAAAAAAUUGUGUUGGUGUUGACAGCCGAUGAUUUUUUUAUUUUUACAGUGUUCUCAUUCCUACUUACAAAGCGUACUUCAACGAAGUUUGCAAAUUAUUGCCAGAUGGAAAUACAGCCAAGAAAGUCCCCCUUCCCGUUCCUUCCAAGAACAACAAUGCCGCCAACAAUGCCGCCAACUCUGGAUAGUAGUUUACCUGACCUUGUGAUGAGAACAACACCUCAAUUUUUAUCUAUAAUCAGAGAAGUGAACUACAAUUAACUAUAAGUAAUUUUUUGAUUCUCAGCUGUAAUUUUAAGGCGAUUAUAUUGACUAUUUUAUCUUCUAAUAAAAAUAUUUUCGUGAAGAUUCGUUUUUAGCAUAUUUUAUGACCCAGGACUUUUAACACACGACAUACGAC